AUGGCUCCAAUGGCAACCACUCCUCCGCACGUCGAGUCUAAACAGAUGGAGGGACCUCCUGUUCGACGUGGUAUCCAACGUGCCAAUAGUGCCAAUAUGGGCACUAAACGGAAGAUUGUCAUCUUCUCAGAUUUUGAUGGCACCAUCUUCAAGCAAGACACCGGUCACACAUUAUUCGAUAACUUCGGCUGCGGCCCGGAACGAAGAGAAGAGCUUGCCAGACAAAUGGAAACUGGAGAACGAACGUUCCGUGAAGUCUCGGACGAGCUGUACUCCUCCUUAAAUGUACCCCUCGAAGAUGGGUUCGAGGUCAUGAAGACGGCUCUCGAAAUUGAUCCCGACUUCAAAACCUUCCACGAAUUCUGCGUCAACAACGACAUUCCAUUCCAUGUCAUUUCGGCUGGACUCAAACCAGUCCUGAGAAGAGUCCUAGACCAUUUCAUCGGCGAAGACAUGAGCAAGCACAUUGGCAUUGUGGCCAACGAUGUCAAGAUCGCCGAUGACGGCAGCAAAUGGGAAGCCGUGUGGAGACAUGACAACGAUCUCGGUCACGACAAGGCACAGUCGAUCAACGAGUACAGGGAGAUGCAGAGCGAAAACGGCACUAUUCCAUUGAUCAUUUUCAUCGGUGAUGGUCUCUCUGAUCUCCCUGCUGCCCGCGAAGCCGACGUCCUCUUCGCCCGUCGGGGAUUGAAACUUGAAGAGUACUGUCAAGAACAUGGAAUACCUUAUAUCCCGUUCGACACAUUCGCCGACGUCCAGAGAGAAGUCAUCAAGAUCGCCAAACUCGACGAAGAACAAACCCAUGGCAGAGGUCUACCGGCCAAUUUCAACCCCCGCGCCAACAUGUGGCGACGGCUCAGCAACAAAGCCGGCAGACCCAACUUCUCUUCCGUCUUCACCCCAUCCAAAGAGGAAGUGGUCUUUGAAUGGCCAGAAGACGGCACAGACGCCCCGACCGUCCAGGACUCGGAACAAGGCAAAACUGCUUUUGCAGCACCAAUGGCGUAG